AUGGAAGGAAAUCACUUUACCUUCACAUGGAAAAUAAGUUGCUUUAACGAGCUAGUGGCUAGACACCCAAAUGGUAGUUUUUUCUAUAGUGAAAGAUUUUGGUCACCAAGGGGUCAAAGUGUAAAAUCAAGUGACAUCAGUGUCAUUAAUGAACAAAAUAACUCUUACAAUAAUACGGGAUAUUUAUGGAGGCUAAAACUGUUUCCUAAUGGUGUAGAUAAGAUAUCAAAUGAUUUCAUUUCUCUUUAUCUUGAAUCAAUUCAGACACAUUAUGAGAAACAAAAUAAUAUAACGGGAAGGCACACGAAAUUUCAAUUAUCACUUUAUCGAGAUUUAAAUAUUCCAACCACAAAGCAAUCACCUAUACUUGUAAUAGACCGUCAUACCUUGGAGACGAAAUUUGAAUUCAACGGAGUAAAGGCGGAUUAUGGAUUUGCGAGGAUAGUUCCUCUUAGAGAAAUAUUCCCAAAUGAUGCUGAAGUAGAUUUAAUAGUUCGAGCUCAAAUCUUUGAAGAUGCCAUCACUUCUGGAGAAGGUUCGAGUUCAAUGGACAUAAAUAAUGUUUCACUUAUGUCCUUUGAGAGGUAUUUUGGAGUGGAUAGAUUUUGUGAUGUUGAAUUCGUAUUUGAUUGUGGUUCAAACAUGAAAGCUCAUAGAGUUAUCCUUACAGCUCGAUCAACAUACUUUGAAAAAAUGUUGGAAGGAGAAUGGUUGGAAGGUCAUAUGAAAACCAUCUCCAUUAAAGAUAUGCCAUUUGACGCGUUUCGAUGUAUUGUCCAUCAUCUUUACACCGGAAAACUGGAAGAGGGAUUAACAUUUGAGCUUUUAAGGGAGAUUUAUUCUAAGGCUGAUAUGCUUAGCUUAGAACAACUUGGUCGAAUGGCUGCCAAAAGGAUCAUUAAACUGAUGAAUCAUGAAAAUUGGGAUCAAAUCUUAAUGUUGGGUUGGAAAUAUUAUGAUGACCGAUUAAAAGAUGCUGGUCAAGAUUUCGCCGUAAAACAUUGGAACGAUAUAAAGGAUACUGACAACAUGAAACAAGUGUUUGCAAGUGGUCACGUUGAUCGUAUUGUUGAAUUGGUCUUACAAAGUUUUUUUACACCGAAUAAUAGGAUAGGGCAAGAAGGAUUACAUUCUUCUUUGAAACGACUGGCAUUGUUAAAAUUCUUACCAAUAUUUCUUCCUUCUAAAAAUGGAAACAAUUCGUUUGAAGUGAAUGUUUUUGAAAAUACGGACAUACUAAGAAAGAGAAAAUUAUGGCAAAUAGAGUCUUCAGAUUUGGAUUAUAUACACAUGCGGGAUCAACAACUAGAGAAGCAUGUUAAGAUUAUCCGAGAAAAUAGAUACGAAGCUCAAUUUAGUGAGCAAACCCAAAGUCAGCUUUUUGAGACAACACAUCUUAAUGAAUCUCUCAAGUAUUUUAAUUGA